AUGAGCGGCGGGCGUAGCGGGCGAUCCGCCGUGAAGAUGGAGGCGCCGUUUUAUCCCGAGGAAGGACUGGAGCUGCUGCCCGACUUCGUGCCGCUGCCGGGUUUCGGUAACGCCGGCGGACCUGGAGCCGAUGCGGCGGCGGGGCAGAAGCUGCUGCUGGGCGCCGGGAAGAAGCGGGACCUGCCGGCUGCCGCCCCCGCGCCGCUCCCGGGGCCCUUCGCCCUUCGUCCGCCUGCCGGCGCCCGCGGCAGCGCGGCGGCUCUGCGCUUGCUGCCGCCGCCGCCCGCCGCCGCCCCGCCGCCCACCCUGCCGCCGGCCGCCGACCUGGAGCAGCUGCUAAUCCAGGGGGGCGCUGGGCUGGGCGCGGGCAGCCCGGGGCCGACGGCGCCCGGGGCGGGGAGCGGCGGGGCGGCGGCGGCGGGGCCGUUCCUCUACCGGCAGCCGGUGACGCAGGAACAGGAGGGUUUCGCCGACGGCUUCGUCAAGGCCCUGGCCGACCUGCACAAGCAGAACCAGCUCCUGGCGGCGCCGCCGCCGCUCUCCGCGCCGGGACCCUGCUGCACCGCCCGCCCGGGGCCACCAGGAGCCCCCGCCGCUGCCGCCGCCGACCCUCCGGCCGUCUACACCAACUUGAGCGGCUUCAACCCCGCGGGGCCGCUGAGCCCCUCGGGCAGCGCCUACCCCUCCGCCUCCGCCCCGCCGCCGCCGCCGGGCCUGGCCUUCGGGGCGGCGGGUCUGGGGAGCGGGCGGCUGCCGCCGGCACGGUCCCUGGAGGAGCCGCAGACGGUGCCCGAAGUGCCGCCGUCGGCGGGCGGGGAGGGCGGCAGCAGCGCGCCGACGCCGCCGUCGCUGUCGCCGCUGGACGCGGAGAGCCAGGAGCGGCUGAAGGCAGAGCGCAAGCGGCUGCGAAACCGCAUCGCCGCCUCCAAGUGCCGCCGGCGGAAGCUGGAGCGCAUCGCCCGGCUGGAGGAGAAGGUGAAAGCGCUCAAGGGGCAGAACGCCGAGCUGGCCGCCACCGCCAACCUCCUCCGCGCCCAGGUCACCCAGCUGCAGGGUCGCGUCCGCAGCCACCUCUCCUCUGGCUGCCACAUCAACGCCGCCGGGCAUCCUCCUCCUCCUCCUCACGCCGCCGCCCAGCCGCGGGAGACUCCCCCCGAGGCGGCCGCCGCCGCGCCGGAGACCAGCGCCUGCUGAGGAGGGACACCCUACCGGCCCCGGCCCGCCCGGGGGCACCGCGGGGCAAGGUGCGCGCCUGCCGCCGCCCUUCUGCUAUUAUUAUUAUUAUUUUUAUUAUUAAUUAUUAUUAUUAUUUAUUUACGCCCGGAGAAGGUGUUUUUUUGCGGGAGCCGGGUGUUGCUAAGCGUUUCCCGAGUUCUGUCGAUGUCGCAUUCAGCAGCGAGGGUCUCCGUGGGUGGUUCUGGGGCAGGUGGUUGUUAAUUUUUCAGUGAAGUACUUGAGGUCUGUCGAGAUUUCCGAAAAUAAGAAAAUUACUGUUUACAGAAAGAUUCAACUUUAUUUUCAUGGGGGAUAUAAAACGUGUGUUUCCUAAUACACCUUACUGAACUGUAUAGCAAUGGAUAAGCUUUUCAAACUCAAAAAAAAAAAAAAAAUAGCCAGAAUCGUACCUUUUGAAAAGAUGUGCGUGUAUAUAUAUAUUUAAAACAUAAUAUGGCUAUGUAUAUUUUCUUGGUAUUGAUAAAGAACCUUUUUUAAAAUACUGUCUUUCUCUAGAGCUUUAAUUUGCCAUUGAGAGUUAAGACAGCUGUGUGGGUGCUCUUGCACUUACAUGGCUUUGAUUUUCAAAUCGAACCCUGGAGGGAAAUGAUUUUUGUUGUAAAUCUUAAGCAGAUUGAAACGCAUUGCUGGCUCAGUCAUAGGAAAAUAGUUUUCUAAACCUGUAUGCUCCAUAUUUCUUGUGCCAGUGCAAACUUGGGGCAUUGGUAGUUAUUUAUUGAAACUUGAACACUUUUUGGAUGUUGCCUAGACCUUAUUUUUCUAGAUAACACGUUAGUAGAGAAAAUGGUUACUUUGGCAAAAAGAGCUUUACUUUUUUUUUUUUGUUUGUUUUUUUUCCUUCACUGUGUACAUUCCAGUAGUGUGUGCUCUUUCCAUGGUAUAGUGACAAUUCAGUGCUAUACAGGAAAGGGCUCAAAUUUGGGGUGGGUUAGCUGUAAAGGUGGUAAUUCCAUUGUAUUCUGUUUGAAUAAAUCACAGAAAUAUUA